AUGAAGUGCAAGAGCCUGAACUUGAUGAGAAGUUCAUUCGGCCAACACUACCGCCUUCUCUCCCCUCCGAGGGCGGCACACAAGAGUGGAAGCGUGGUGCAGGGCUUCUGGCGAUCCUUUGUCGCCAUUUGCAUACCACUGCUUCUCUCAGCUCUGGAGGGAAGUGUCACCAACACCGCGCUCCCCCACCAUUUCGGAUGCGCUCGACCUCGGCACCAAGUUCUCUUGGGUCGCCACCGCCCUUUUCUCCUGGCAAGCACAAUCUUCCAGCCGCUGUACAGCCAGCUGGGUGAUAUGUGGGGGCGAAAGUACCCCAUGAUGCUGGCUGUCCUUGUCUUUGCUGUCGGAAGCGCAAUCUGCGGCGCGGCGAAUUCUGGCGCCGUCUUGAUCUUUGGCCGGAUUGUUCAGGGCCUUGGAACUGGUGGUAUCGAUCUUUUUGCGGAGAUGAUACUCUGCGAUAUCAUCCCGCUGCGCAAACGUGGGCCGUAUUUGGCCAUCAAGCAUGUCACCUUCGCCAUCGGAACCACUCUCGGCCCCUUGCUAGGUGGUGUCUUUGCAGAACAUGGCUGGCGUUGGUGCUUUCUAGUCAAUAUUCCAAUCUGUGGAAUCUCUCUCGUCGUCAUAUGGUUCUACCUCAACGUCGGCCGCGGCGCCAAUGCCAGCGACGUCAAGCUCCUCGACGAGCUCAAGAAAAUCGACUACAUCGGCUCCAGCAUUCUCACCGCCUCCGUUGUCAUGCUCCUCGUCGCCCUCAGUACCGGCGGCGCCCCAAACCCCUGGUCCCACCCGGCCGUCGUCCUCCCACUAAUGUUCGGCCUGAUGGGCCUGAUCGCCUUCAUAUGCUGGGAGCGCUCGCCCUACUGCAAACACCCCAUCAUGCCGCCCCAAAUCUUCUCCAACCGCACCACAAACAUCGCCUUCACUCUCACCACCAUCCACGGCUUCGUCACCUACGGCUUCCAAUUCUACCUCCCGCCCUUCUUCCAAGCCGUGCAAGGCUCAUCCCCCACAAAAUCCGGCCUCCAAGUCAUGCCCACCACGCUCGUCGUCGUCGUGCUCGCCGCCGUCGGCGGACCUCUUCUCUCCUUUUGGGGCUUCGCACUCAUGACGCUCGGCCCUGGGGCUGUGCGCCACGCUCGACUCCACGACGCCCUCCCGGCGCAUGGCUGUCUUUCCAACUCGUCGCCGCCCGCGGGCUUCGGCAUCGUCAUCUCCACCAUGCUGCCCGCCGUGCAGGGUCAAGCUCCCCGAGUCUACCACGGCCGUGAGCGCGGGCUCGUGGGCGUUCCUGCGCGGCACGGGAUCGCUCUUCGGCGUCGCGGUUCCUGGCGCCGUGUUCAAUGUGCGUUUCGCGCUGCUGCUGCCGUCCAUAUCCUCCCCAACAGCGCGGGCCAAACUCGCGCAUGGAAGAGCGUAUUCGCGCGCUUCGUCGAAGUUCACGGAGAAGUUCGGCGCAAAGGCAAAGGCCAGAGAUUGUCGAGGCGUUUACGCUGUCGCUCAGGAGCGUGUGGAUUGUGUUUGCCGGUGGUCGCGGGUGUAGGGUUUUUGAUGACGUGGGGCGAGAAGGAGUAUAAGAUGCGGAAGAGCCUGGAUACGGUGUAUGGGUUGAAGCCACCCAAGGGUGGUGUUGGGUCGAAAACGACGUCGGGUGCGAGUACGCCCGAGGGAGAAAAGGUAGUUGCGUGUGGUCCUAAGUGGGGAGACUCUGUUGUGGGAGAUCAAGUUGUUUAG